AUGGCAGACCACACAUACAAGUUCAACGUCAGCAUGUCCUGCGGCGGCUGCUCCGGCGCCGUGAACAGAGUCCUUGGGAAGCUUGACGGCGUCAAAUCCUACGAGGUCUCCCUUGACACACAGACCGCGACCGUCGUCGCAGCCCCGGAGCUCGACUACGAGACCGUGCUGAAAACCAUCGUGAAGACAGGCAAGAAGGUUAAUACGGGCGAGGCGGAUGGGGAGGUGAAGAGCGUC